AUGUCGAUGACCGUGUUCCUGAACGAGAUCCUCUCCGGGGCCGAGAACAGGGACCGCCUUGUCGCAUACCAGCCGUCCGCGAAUCCUUCUCUUCAAGUCGGGAGUUGGAUUGACAUGGUCGUGGCAAUUAAGGGGCGGUACAGCGACCCACCAGAUGGGUCUCUCGUUGAGCGGUUCGACAAGUUCAUGUUCCACAUUACAUUUGGUAAGAGUGACAAGGUCUGUCCUCCGGGAUUCGAGGCCAACCAGGGUUCGCUGGAGGACCUCGAGCUCCGCGUCGAGCGCGCAAAGUGGCUCGGCCUCACAGACUUGCAUUCGUGGAUCUCCGUCGUCGACCCGGACUCAUACACGUCGUCUGAGGAGGAGCUUGGGCUGGGCCUGGACAGGUGCAGGCGUGCGCUUCUCCUCAUCGGGCAGGCUGAAAGCAUGUGCGAGCGCCUGGGCGGGGAACUCACUUUCUGGUCCCACCCCGCUGGGCUCUUGAAGAUCGAGCUGAGGUCUGAUGCGUAUCAGAAUUUGGUCAGUAUUCUUCGCACGCCUCCGGCUAAGUAA